AUGGACAAGUCCUCAAAGAAAAAACCCAGUGUUGAUGAACUCGACAAUUCUGUUCUAGAGAAACUAUGCAUUGGUCUUAUGCCUUUCACCAAACCCCAAUGUUUACUUGACAGUAGCAUUCUUGCUUACCGUUUGUUUGCUUCUCUUUAUGAGUUGAUCCCAGAACAUAUUCAUUCAUGUGGAUUAGAUUCGGUGCCUGAUAAGGUACUACUUGCUGCAGAGAUUAAGACAGAGGAUGUUAUUAAGGAAAAACUGCAAACUCUGAACACAAAGCUUAGACGCCCUAAAGACUUAAGGGCUUUAGACAGUUCAACUGCUGGAAUACACUGCCAAUCAUCAAAGAGUAAAAAAAAGAAGAAAAAGAAGAAGAAAAAAUAUGACCAAGAGGAACUUUCUUCAAAAAAUAAUGAACAAGAAUCAAAGGAGAAAGAUGACCCAUGUACUUCAAAAACAUCAGUUGAGGAAUCAAAUUCAACUGUGCAACCAUCUGAACUACACACAGAGAAACCAAUGCCAAGAAAAUGGCACUCAGUCAGCCAACGCUGGAAGCCCAAGUUGGAGAAACUUGCUAACUUAGAAGCAAGUAAUAUCUACAGAUUGAGAAGUCUCACAAUUGGGGUUAGCCCUGAAUUCCAAAUAGCUAAAGGAAGUGAUGGGACAGAGGUUUAUCUUGGUUUAAGAGAUGAUGGCACAGAGGUGGCUGUUAAAAGAAUGCUAAAGUCCAAUUAUGAAGAUCUUAAAAAUGAGGAGGAGUUUUUACGACUUCCACAGCUUGACCACCCUUGUAUUGUGAGAUAUGUGGACUUUGAGGAGGAUGACAACUUUGGAUAUCUUGUCCUUCAACUUUGUGAAUACACACUGGAGGAAUACAUCCAACACCAUCUGCCAAGUGACCAUUCUCAGCAGCUGGAUGUUCUGAGGAAAAUUAUAAAAGAAGUUCUUUAUAGUCUUAAAGUUCUUCACGACCCAGAUAUCAAAGUGUUGCAUCGGGACAUUAAACCCCAAAAUGUUCUCAUUGAUAUAACUGGUAAGGCAAGAUUAGCUGAUUUUGGCAUUAGUCGGAGAUUGAGUUUGGAGCAGACAACUUUGCGCACUAGCCCUGCUGGAACAAAGUGCUGGAAAGCUAGAGAGACUCUUGAUGAAGACUGUAACAGUGGCUACAAGAGAAGUUCCGACAUUCAGGUAGCAGGUAUGUUAGUAUAUUAUAUCCUUUCUCGGGGACACCAUCCAUUUGGCAAAGGUUUAAUGUGUGAGUUAAACAUUUUUACUGGAAAGUACUCUCUGGAACAUGUGGAGGAUGAGGUAGCAAAUGACCUAGUGGAGUGGAUGAUUAACCAUGAUCCAAGAGACAGACCUAAAGUUGAGGACACCCUGGUUCACCCAUUCUUUUGGACAGAUGAAAAGAAGGUGGAGUACUUAAGAAAGCUUGGAAAUGCAACAGAGGUGGAAAACUGUCGUAAUGCUGAUAGUGAGCUUCUUCAAGCUGUGGAGGAUAUUACAGUGGGAAAAACGUUUUCUGACUGGAAGGCAAAAUUACCCUCUGAGCUUGUUCAGAAACUGGAUGGCAAGAAAAAGGCUUACCCGAAUAACCUCCUAGGCUUGCUGAGGUUCAUACGAAAUCUGCAUGAGCAUUACUCUGAUGAUGCAGAGAAAAUAAACUUGAUGACCUUAUUCCCUGACCUUUUUCGAACUGUUUUCAAGUUUGCCAAAAAGAGAGGAUGGAACGCCAGACCUGCUCUGAGGAAAUGGCUUUGCUCAGUAUCAGUGAUUCAAUAAUACUGCAUAUUUAAAUGCAGAGUUCAAUGAAAGUAAUGAUGCGUUUUUAAGUUACUAUCAGACAUAGCACCAAAGAGUAUCAAAAAUGCAUAGUUUACUUAUAGUAUGUU